AUGUUUUGUGGUGCGGGUGGAUUGUCGGAAGGUGCCCGGCAGGCCGGAUUCUUGGUGAAGUGGGGUGUGGAUAAUAAUACUUCCUCGAUCGAGACUUUUUCGUACAACCAUCACCAGGCGAUUACCUACAAUAUGGACAUUGGAUAUUUCAUGGAUAACUACAUCAGAAACGUCCAAAAGGUCGACGUACUAUUGGCUGCACCUCCAUGUCAGGGGUUUACCGGGGCAAAUACGCGUGGCAACAUAAUCGACAUGACAACAAAUAUGGUGUUGGCAAUGAACGUUCCUCAAGCAGUGAACAUUUUGAGGCCAAAGGUUUUGGUGUUUGAAAAUGUCAAAGGAUUUUGUAAUCAAAGGAAGAGUAAUGCAAUGUACAGAUUAUUUACUAAUGAUUUGAUGGAUGCCGGAUAUAAAUUCAAAACUACGGUUUUGAAAGCCUCAGAUUAUGGUAUAUGUCAACGCCGAGAGAGGUUUUUAUUACUGGCCGUACCGCAAGAGUCCAAUUUUCCUGAUUGGCCUGAGCCCACCCACUUUAUCGACGGCGAAAUCUCCACGCAGGCCCGGACAAAUUAUAUCGCAAAGGGUCUCAUUCCAACACCCACAGUGGACGUGGCGUUUCGAGGAUUAACAACAGCAGCACCGAACAUGGAUUAUCUAAAAACGGUUCCAUACCACUUGAGACGUCUAAAAGCUAACCAGAUCCCAUCGACUGUACUUUGCACAAUUAAUCCGGGCUGGGACAACAUUCAUCCUACGGAAUUUCGUCAUAUUUCGCCGCGAGAAUCUGCAAGACUACAGAGUUUUCCCGACUCAUAUGUGUUUAAAGGGAACCUCAAUUCACAGUAUAGGCAAGUUGGAAAUUCCGUACCACCGUUGUUGGCACAGGCGAUCAUGAAAGAAGUUAGACGCGUGAUUUAG